AUGGUGGAAAACUACACUGCUGACGCAGAGAACUUACUACUGACAACUGAGUUUGACUAUGAUGAUGCCAUCCCAUGCCUGAACACUGAAGAAAAGAACUUUGCAGCAAAAUUUUUGCCACCACUUUACUCCUUGGUGGUGAUAUUCGGCCUCCUGGGCAACAUGCUUGUUGUCCUUAUUCUGGUGAAAUACAAGCGACUGAAGAGUAUGACUGACAUCUACCUGCUCAAUUUGGCCAUUUCUGAUCUGCUCUUUAUAUUUUCCCUCCCGUUUUGGGCUUACUACGCUGCCCAGGAGUGGAUUUUUGGCGACGCGCUCUGCAAGAUUCUCUCAGGCGCCUACCUCCUCGGCUUCUACAGCGGCAUCUUUUUCAUAAUCCUCCUGACCAUAGACAGGUACCUGGCCAUAGUGCAUGCAGUGUUUGCUCUGAAAGCCAGAACAGUCACCUAUGGCAUCCUCGCCAGCACUGUCACUUGGGUUAUUGCUCUUUUAGUCUCCCUCCCUGGCGUCUUUUUUCACAAAACUCAAAAAGAAAAUUCACGUUUUACUUGCAGCCCUCAUUAUCCCACAGCUAAUGCCAUAAAUUGGAAGUACUGCCAUACUUUAAUGAUGAACAUCCUGGGGCUUAUUCUCCCCAUGAUCAUUAUGAUUUUCAGUUACUCUCGAAUUCUAAAAACAUUACUGAGAUGCAGGAAUGAGAAAAAGGCCAAAGCAGUCAGACUUAUUUUUGUGAUCAUGGUUUUCUACUUUGUCUUCUGGACACCAUUUAAUAUUGCCUCUUUUUUGUAUACCUUUCAAACUUCAUUAUCCCUCAAUAAUUGUGCUGCCAGUGGUCAACUGGGGAAAGCAAUCCAAGUGACAGAAACAAUUUCAAUGAUACACUGUUGUAUCAACCCAGUGAUCUAUGCAUUUGUUGGAGAGAAAUUUAGGAAAUAUCUUUAUGUCUUUUUCCGAAAGCAUGUUGCAGCUCACCUCUGCAAAAAGUGUCCUGCUCUUUAUCGUGAAAAAUUAGAAAGAGCUAGUUCCACAUUCACACCAUCCACUGCAGAGCAUGACAUCUCAACUGGACUGUAAGAAACACAUUGAAAUGUCAGGUAGUAAACUUUGCAUCACCUUCUUUGCCUUAAGGACUGCAUGAACUUAUUAUU